AUGCACUUAUCACAUCAAUUGGUAAUCGAUGAUCGAUCAAAAACAUUAUCAUUUGCAAGUGAAUUUAAUACUAUUUGUUUAAUUCUCUCAUCUAAUGAUGCACUUUUACUUAUUGUUAACGAGACUGAUCGAGGAUAUUUAUAUAAUGUCAAAUGUCGUAGAUUGAUUGGUAUUCAUCGUUUUGAACAUGAUGUGUGUACAAUCAAAUUCAGUCUUGAUUCCAAUGUUCUGGCCGUUAUUAGUGGAGAUAUGAUAACUAAAAUAUUUAGUGUCUCUUUACUAGAUAAACUACAUCGAUUUAUAUUAGUUAGUCAUGUUUGUGAAAUAGUCGGCGCUUUUUUUGAACAAGAUUCAUUGAAUAUAAUGACUAUUUGUAAAAAUGGAAAAGUCAAUUAUUGGACUGCAGAUAUGGAUUUAGCAUCUAUGGAAUUAAUACCAUAUAUACCUAGUGAAAAUGAUAAUUAA